AUGGAUGAGGACAACAUGACGAGGAGCGAGGAGCAGGAGCUGAGUCUGCAGAAGGCGCUGCAGCAGUGCGAGCUGGUCCAGAACAUGAUCGACAUCAGCAUCUCCAACCUGGAGGGGCUCCGCACCAAGUGCGCCGCCUCCAACGACCUCACGCAGAAGGAGAUCCGCACCCUGGAGAGCAAGCUGGUGAAGUAUUUCAGCCGGCAGCUGUCCUGCAAGAGGAAGGUGGCCCUGCAGGAGCGCAAUGCCAAACUGGAGGGCUUCCCCCAGCUCCUGCACUGGUUCCGCAUCGUCGACAUCCGAAAGGAGGUGAUGGAGGAAAUCGCCCCUGGGCAGCUCAGCCUGGAGGAUUUGCUGGACAUGACCGAUGAGCAGGUCUGUGCCACCGUGGAGAAGUUUGGGGCCAACAGAGAGGAGUGUGCCCGGCUGAACGCGUCCCUGUCCUGCCUCCGCAGCGUCCACAAGUCCGGCGGGAGCCUCUCCAAGCAGGACUGGACCAUCCAGUGGCCGAGCACGGAGCCGGGCAAGGAGAACAGUCCCGGAUGCCCCGCGGAGCCGGGACCCUGGGGCAGGACGCACCCGAGCCCCAAGGUCCAGCCCAAGUGUGGGCAGCACCACUGCCACGCCAGCUCGUCCCACGGCCCCAUGUACACCCACGUGGACCGCCUGACCGUGGAGGGUCACCCGGGGCUCUGCCCACCCCUCGAGUCCGGCCACCGCUCCCUGCCCCCGUCCCCCCGGCAGCGCCACGCCGCGCACACCCCCCCGCGCACCCCCAACAUCGUCACCACCAUGACCCCGCCGGGGACCCCCCCCGUGCGCCGCAGGAACAAACUGAAGCCCCCCGGGACGCCCCCGCCCUCCUCGAGGAAGCUGAUCCACCUCAUCCCGGGAUUCACGGCGCUUCACCGGAGCAAAUCCCACGAGUUCCAGCUGGGACACCGCGUGGAUGAGGCGCACACCCCCAAGGUCAAGAAGAAGAACAAGCCCCUGAACCUGAAGAUCCACAACAGCGUGGGGAGCUGUGAGAACAUCCCGGCCCAGCGCUCCCCUCUCCUCUCCGAGCGCUCCCUGCGCUCCUUCUUCGUGGGGUACCCGCCCUUCCUGCCCUCCACCCCGCCUGUCCACACCGAAGCCACCUUCUCAGCAAAUACGCUGUCAGUGCCUCGCUGGUCCCCGCAGAUCCCUCGUCGGGAUUUAGGAAACUCCAUCAAACACAGGUUUUCCACCAAGUACUGGAUGUCUCAGACCUGCACCGUCUGCGGGAAGGGAAUGUUGUUCGGCUUAAAAUGCAAAAACUGCAAGCUCAAGUGCCACAACAAAUGCACCAAAGAGGCGCCCCCGUGUCACCUGCUGAUCAUCCACCGCGGAGAUCCAGCAAGGUUAGUCCGGACAGAGUCGGUGCCCUGCGACAUCAACAACCCCCUGAGGAAGCCCCCGCGGUACUCGGACCUGCACGUCAGCCAAACCCUCCCCAAAACCAACAAACUCAACAAGGACCACAUUCCAGUGCCCUACCAGCCAGAUUCCAGCAGCAACCCCUCGUCCACCACGUCGUCCACGCCGUCCUCGCCGGCCCCGCCGCUGCCGCCCAGCGCCACCCCCCCGUCCCCCCUGCACCCGUCCCCGCAGUGCCCGCGCCAGCAGAAGCAGUUCAACCUGCCAGCCUCCCAUUACUACAAGUACAAGCAGCAGUUCAUUUUCCCAGAUGUGGUGCCUGAGACGCCGACCCGAGCCCCGCAGGUCGUCCUGCACCCCGUCACCUCCAACCCCAUCCUGGAAGGAAACCCAUUGCUUCAAAUUGAAGUGGAGCCCACCUCGGAGAACGAGGAAGGCGCCGAGGAGGUGCAGGAGUCCGAGGACGACUUUGAGGAGAUGAACCUCUCGCUGCUCUCCGCGCGCAACUUCCCGCGCAAGGCCAGCCAGACCAGCAUCUUCCUGCAGGAGUGGGACAUCCCCUUCGAGCAGCUGGAGAUCGGGGAGCUGAUCGGGAAGGGCCGCUUCGGGCAGGUGUUCCACGGGCGCUGGCACGGGGAGGUGGCCAUUCGCCUCAUCGACAUCGAGCGCGACAACGAGGACCAGCUCAAGGCCUUCAAGAGGGAGGUCAUGGCCUACAGACAGACCCGGCACGAGAACGUGGUGCUCUUCAUGGGGGCCUGCAUGAGCCCUCCCCACCUCGCCAUCAUCACCAGCCUGUGUAAAGGACGGACACUCUACUCCGUGGUGAGGGACGCCAAAAUUGUCCUGGACGUCAACAAGACGAGGCAGAUAGCACAAGAAAUUGUGAAGGGAAUGGGAUACCUGCAUGCCAAGGGGAUCCUCCACAAGGACCUCAAGUCCAAGAAUGUCUUCUAUGACAAUGGGAAGGUGGUGAUCACCGACUUCGGGCUCUUCAGCAUCUCUGGAGUUCUCCAAGCGGGCAGGAGGGAGAACAAGCUGCGCAUCCAGAACGGCUGGCUGUGCCACCUGGCUCCCGAGAUCAUCCGGCAGCUCUCUCCGGACACCGAGGAGGACAAGCUGCCCUUCUCCAAGCACUCGGACGUCUUUGCACUGGGCACCAUCUGGUACGAGCUGCACGCCCGGGAAUGGCCCUUCAAGACGCAGCCAGCGGAGGCAAUAAUCUGGCAGGUGGGAAGAGGGAUGAAGCCCAACCUCAGCCAGAUCGGGAUGGGCAAGGAGAUCUCGGACAUCCUCCUGUUCUGCUGGGCCUACGAGCAGGAGGAGAGACCCACCUUCACCAAGCUCAUGGACAUGCUGGAGAAACUGCCAAAGCGCAACCGCCGCCUUUCCCACCCGGGGCACUUCUGGAAGUCGGCAGAGUAA